UAUAUGCAAUGGGUUUGUUUCGUCAACAAAUAUGUAUCAUUAAAAUUUCUGAAAAAGUCAGUUAGUUCCAGGCAAACAAAUUCAAGCUACUAACUUACAAUAUGCAAACUCUGAUUGUUGCGAGAGUGGUAUAGCCUAUAUUGUUUACGCUAAAUAGACAACAGUUAUCAGGCUUAUCAGACGCAAGCAUAUGCUUUAAGGAGUUACGACGUCUUUUUUCUUGUGUUGUAUAUUAAGUUCAAGAAAUUACACCAGCGUAGACCAAAACAAUUAGAAAUUAGAUUAACGAAGAAGAUUAAAGUUUAUCACAUUUUCUAUAAUCGGGAGAAAUGUCAUCGGACGUAUAUCUAUAUAUUUCUUUCAAUAUGAAGAAAGAGAAGAGCAAUACGAUUAUAGCUAGUACAUGCAGGUUUUUCUUUGAAUCUUUGAAUCAUAAUCAUUGUAUUGGCAAUACCCCGCCAUGAUAUCCUGAAUAGCACCUCCGCCCUCUCUCGUUUAAAACUACACCAAGUGCUUCGGCGAAUGAAUAAAGAUAGCGUCAUCUGAUUGGACAAAUAUCGCUUUGCGUCAUGUCACGUCAUCGAAACGAAGAAAUGUGUUAACCAAUGAUGAGCGUGCAUUAACGAGAAAGGGGGGAAAGAUGAGUUAAAGACAGAGGAAGGAUGAGUAAAAGACAGAAGACGAAUAAUGAAGUGUUUUUAAGUAGCAGAAAGGAAUAUUUAAUUAAAACAUAAUCAUUAUUAUUUUAUUAACGUUUUACAGAAAGUAUCGACGAAUGGAAUUUCACAUCGAGCAUAAUAAAUGUAAGGUGGUGUCCAAUCACAAUUCAAGGAGUAGACAUAUGUUUCUUCAGAAAAAACACGACUCUCUACUACAAAGUGGUGUAUCAAGCAUAUGGUGCAGUCAGCAUACACCCCCUCCCCCUACCUUUGCUUUUCAAAACCGAAGACCCAACGGUAACAACAACAACAACAACAAUGCAAACAGGCAAUCCCCGCCAUAUGGAGCCCCCCGCCCUUCCCCCAAACCAAUACAAAUUUCGGAUACGCUACUGUUAGUAGUUCUUCUCUCAUAUUCUUGUACUCUCUUCGAUCUAAAGUAUACUUCAUCACUCUCCUUGUAGCUCACUUUCUUCUUACCACAUAGAGUGUUAUUAACUUCAGUCGUGCCUGGAUGUGUGUGUGUCCGCUGUUGCGAAAGACGCUCACAACUUUCAUCUUGCUCGCGCGCCUUCGUCGUUUCGGCUAGUCUCGCAUCAAGUGCCUUCAAGCAAAAAAGAAGGCUUGAAUUUAUUUAAAAGAAGCCCUCUUUGCCUGGUGGCAAAGCCGACUAUUCAUCUUCCUUGUCAAAAUUUUCAUCAGCAUCUCCGGUCGGACGCGAAGGGCCGUGUUUCUAGAUCCUCCUUAAUUCCUCGCUAAGCGUCAGAGGCUAAACGCUUUUAUUUUUCGGAUCACUCUUCUCCAAAGUUUCGCUCAGCCCUCCCUCCCUGUCUCUCUCACUGACACUCUCUUCCUCAUCACCUGUAUCUGAUGCCCUGCUCGCAUUCGGGACUUCGGAAGGAACGGAUUCCGAUUCAGGCGAAAUUUGAUCAUAGCUUUUAUCAGAUUUGCACAAAUUUAAUCAAAACGAUAUUCAUCUGAUUUUCGGGGUCAGCGAUCGGGGACAUCAACAAAUUCAAGUUCAUCAUCGUUUUGUCUUCCGGAAAUGACAAUUCACACGCCGAAUAGCCUGUUUGACUUUGCGUGAUUAUGUAACUUUUGUUUAUAUUUUUCCGUCUCCUUCGAAUCUUCGUGAAGUGCAUGUCAAAUGACUUGCUACCUAAUUGACACAGAAAAUAAUUUCGAGUUCGAUAAUUUUCACGAGAUUUCUUUUUCACGGUUGAUAUGAACAAAGAUUAAAUUAUAAUCCAAACCGUUCAACCAUUUUUUUCAUGACAAUCCUCCACGCUGGAAAAAUUGAUAGCUUUUGAAAACGUGAAAUGAGUAUUAUACCUCUAUAGGCUAAUCUCAUUUUUGCUGCAAGACUUUACAAUUAACAAAUAUGUUUCAAAAGAAUAUAACAGAAGCAUCUAUAAUUGCCACUAUGCUGUAUUGAACAGUAAAGUUGCUAUUCAACUUUUGCUUUCAGAGAAAUAAACUGCGCUAUCUUCAUCAUUUGCAUAGAUUGUUGAUAAAUUAGUACAGAGACGACUACACAAACACUCACAAUGAUGAUGGACACAGCCAUGCACGGCGUCGCCGAAGGUUUCGGCGUCUCUACCUCCCAAUCGCAGGCUCACCAGUCCGCGGUAGCAGCACACAGUCAACACAACCAACACCAUCACACUUUGCAUCAGCACCAGCAACUCGCGCUCCACCAGCGGACCGAUGCCUCCUUACAAGCCGAAGCAGCCGGCGUGGACGUCAAUGGACUCACCCCCUCCGAUGCCGUAGCCGCCGCGGCUCUCGGUGCGACUGGUUUAGGCGGUCAUCAUCACCAUCAUCAUCAGCAUCAUAAUGGUGGCCGAGGGUUCUCGGUGUCUCAUCUUCUAAACCUGCAGGAUGUAAGCGGGUUUGGCGAUCACGGUCACGGUGAUGGGAUGGGAGGCAUGCCCGUCAGAGACGGCUCACCCAGCGGGAUCAUGUGCGGUGAUGGUUUAUUAGAUGAUGGAUCCUGCGGCUCGUUGUCAGAUAACGGGAUCAUCUCGGCCAAAUCAAAACGGCAGCGACGCAAUCGGACCACAUUCACCACCGCUCAGCUCGAUGCUCUGGAGAAGGUGUUUGAAAGGACGCACUACCCUGAUGCUUUCUUACGCGAGGAGCUUGCAAAGAAGGUCGAUCUCACAGAAGCACGAGUCCAGGUAUGGUUUCAGAAUAGACGUGCUAAAUUCCGUCGUAACGAGCGGAGCCUACAAGCCGCCAAGGUCGCAGCGGCCAGGCGGAGGCCUUUCAAUGGCGUCAACGUAGAACAACCGGUGGCGCCUCGCCCCUGCCCUACGACUACAGAGCUUGGCGGCAGCACGUGGAACUCCGCCGCAGCCGCCGCAGCGUCGUACGGCAGGCUAGCCGGCGUCAUGUCGCAGGCAGCCGCCGGCCACAUGUCAAUGAUGAACAUGAACGCUUUGGAAAACGCCGGCGGACUGAGCUCGAGUUGGGCUAAUUUGAGGUUAAAGGCGAGAGAAUACAGCAUGCAACAAAUUCCACUUAUCUAGGAGUGAGUUUCGAAUUUUUCUUUUGGAUAUUUCCUCACCGUCUUUUGACUUUUGCGUUCGUCUAACGGUAAUGUGGAUUUUAAAAGGACGUUACAAUUAAUCCUGGACCAAGACUGAUAAAAUGGCUCAACGUCACAGAGCAUACAUAAUCUUCUUCUAUGCUGGAGACAAUGUAUGACGUCACAAUGCAAUCACUGUUCAUCAAGUGACAUUGAAAGUUGCAGUUUGCCAUAAAGCUACAUACCGAUGACGCCAUAUUGUUUUACCAUGAUGAACCUUACUGGUGACUGGCUUAACCAUGUUUGUCUAUUUAUCAGACGGUUUCUUCGUUUUCGUGAAAAUUGAAAGGAAAAGGGAAUGGAUAAUUAUGAAUAUGAACGAAAGAAAGGACAUAUACUGUUCGAUAACUGAAAUAGUAUUUGAGUAUGUUAGAUAACUUGGCCAUGAAUAUCAUCUAAAAAUAGUUAGGCCUAUAUCAUAAGCUACACAUACCGUCCACUAGCAUUAAUAUUCAAAUGAUUACAACGGUAAUUUUUUUUCUAAUUUUAUUAUUUUGUUUUCUUACACAAAUGCAAUUCUAUUCCUUGUACUCUAAUUAUAUUCUUAAGUAUGAACUAAAACUUCACUAUCGAAACUUAAACUCGAGAGAAACUGCUUAUUAAGAUGUUAUCGAUCUAUGGAUUAAAAGGCGAAGUUUUUCAUGCCUAAGAUCCAAGUUUGUUGCCACUGUCACUGGGUUUCUAGAAAAACGAAGGGUUUGAUAUUACACCAUUUCAUUAGCUAUCCUUUCAAGAACAAACAAACAAUGUAACUAUCUUCAUGAUGUUAAAUCUAGAAGAUUAAACGUCUUUGAAAUAUAAAGGAGUAUGAAACUGAGCGUCAUCAUACCAUCCCUCACAGAGUUGUGCACACUCUUUCUUUGAGAGACUGCAAUUGUUUAUGCCCAUUAUCAAUAAUGUAUCUAAUGUCACUUUUCUUGUCAGUAAGAAAUAGUUAUCAUGAAUAUUUCUCUCCUGUUUUUGUAUUGAUGCGAAAUAUUUCAUCAAAUGCAAGGGAUCUAUUUGUGCAGCGCACAUCCUUUAGAACACGGGGUGUUCCUCGCUCAGCCCCCGGAUAGUUAUAAAUCGAACUAUUUGAGACAAUUUAUUGAUUCUAUAGUAGUAACGCUGAGCUAUUCAAGAAUAUACUUCCAUGUAUUUGAUAAAGUCAAAUUGCUAAUAGUAACUCAUUUGGUUUUAUUUGUAAUCAUGAUAAUCUGGAAGGCAAUGAUUUCACGUUCUGUUUUCUCAGAUUUAUUUCUAAACACGCACCCCGAUGUAAGAUUGAAGACCGAUUUUUUUUCCCACCCCAGUCAGAGGAAGCGGUUACAGAAGAGACGGUACCUAUCUUAUCAUUUUCUAAUAAUAAUUUAUGUUUAAUUGACACAUGAAUGCAUUGACCUUUUCUGAAUUGCAAUACCUUAGCUUCUAGACAUUAAUUGCUCUUCACAAACUGAAAUAUGAAGUAUGAAAUGCUAGAAAUAAAAUAUAAUGAUUUAUUAAAAUAUUCACUAAAAUGUCAAAUAGGGAAUAAUUAUUUACUUUCAUUAAUGAAUCGAUGUGGAUUGUUGCAUUGUAAUGUAUUUAAGGAGUUGAUCUUGUGAUUUAUGGAAACGUUCAAGAAAUUGAUACAUGUGUCGUUGAAACAUUAUUUGAGAUGUUCUGCAAAGUUGAAAAUAUAUUCCAUGUAAAAAAAACAUCAACAAAGCACAAUGGUGCGUAUUGACACCAUAAAUAUAUUGAUAAUUUUAAAUUGUGAUUGUAACAAUUGAUAUGACUAUUUGAACAUUAUUUUGUGUGUAGAUAAGAUUUUUUUUUAAUUAUGUAGAUUUGACUUUUAAAAUGUUGAUAUCAAACCAUUUUCAUGUCCUUAUUUCGACAUUUCAAGCAUGUGUAAAUAAAUUCGUAG